AUGGGAGACUUUCGUCGUACAGGAGCAGAAGUUGGAGCAAAUAGUGCAAGCGGAGGAUACAUGACGGUUAAUGUAUCGGGCAACUAUGAGAAACCAAAGAAACAUCACCACGGUGGUCAUGGCGCACACACCGACUUUAAGAAACAAGAACAUAAAUCUGACAAAGAGUACAAUGAAUUCCUACACAAGUCACAAAAGAUCAAUGGUGAUCCUCAUCACAACCCAACUCCAACAUCUCAUCACCAUUAUCAUCAUGACACUAAAGUUGUCACAACUACACCACCACCACCACACAAAGAAUACAAAGUACAUAAAGAACAUAAAGAGCAUAAAGAAUACAAAGAGAAAAAAGAUAAAAAGGAAAAGAAAGAUCAAGACAAAGAAAAGGGUGGAAACUGGUUCACUAAAUUUAUGGAUAGAUUGGAAUCUGAAUCACAACAUUGUGUUUUACAUGAACAUUGUAAUCAUGGUGGUACUGGUCAUCAUAGUCAUAGUGGUCAUAGUCAUAGUCAUAGUAGUGGUCAUUUGACUACUAGUACCUCUAGUUAUAGUCCAAGUUCUAGUCACAAGACUCAUCCUCAUAGUCACCAUACUACAACUAGUGGUAGUAGCCAUGGCCAUUCCUCAUCCUAUGAUAAUGGAUAUAAAAGACCUGGAACUACACUUGGACCAAGUGGAACUGAUCAUAGCAGUCCGUCGACUGUAGGUGCAACCAAGAGUUCACCAUCCGUCUACCGAUCGACAACAACGACAACCAAAGUAACAACUACCACUCCAUCAACUAGUUAUCACUCUACAGGACAUUCCGGCAAAUCAUUUUGUACUAAAUGUGGUACUAAAGUUCCCGUUUCGUCCUCUGCCUCUUUUUGUUCAAGUUGUGGUGACCGUCUUUAA